AUGGAGGAAUUCGCGAGCGACACCGACAGCGACUACGCCAGCUAUUGGCGCGACUGGUUCAUCUCCUCCAAAGGCAACGAAUACUUCUGCGAAAUCGAUGAGGACUACCUGACCGACCGCUUCAACCUCACCGGCCUCAACACCGAAGUCCACUACUACCAGCACGCCCUCGACCUCGUCACCGACGUCUUCGACAUGGAAGUCGACGACGACAUGCGCGAGCAGAUCGAGCGCUCCGCUCGGCACUUGUACGGGCUGGUGCACGCACGGUAUAUCGUGUCUACUCGCGGUCUCGCGAAAAUGAUGGACAAAUACAAAUCCUCCACCUUCGGCAAAUGCCCCCGCGUCAUCUGCGACGCCCAACCCCUCGUCCCGGCCGGCCUGCACGACACCCCCUCCCACUCGCACGUCAAACUCUUCUGCCCCAAAUGCGAAGACCUCUACAACCCCAAAUCCUCCCGGCACAACUCCAUCGACGGCGCAUACUUCGGCACCUCCUUCCACAACAUCUUAUUCCAAGUUUACCCUUCCUUAGUCCCCGAGAAGACGCAAAGGAGGUAUGAGCCGAGAUUGUAUGGGUUCCGGGUGCAUGCGAGCGCGGCGUUGAUGCGGUGGCAGGAGGAGAGGCGGGAGGAGAUGAAGGAGCGGUUGCGGGGGCAGGGAUUAGAGACGGGGUUUGAGGUUGAGGAGGAAGGGGAGGAGGAAGAAGAGGAGGAGGAAGGGGAGGGGGAGGAGGAGGGGUUGGAUGAUAUGUUUGAGCUUGGGGGUGGGGCCGUGGGGCAAGGGGUGGUGCAGUGA